AUGCAACACGGCGCGUCGGCGAGACCGGGGCGCGCGAGAGACUCUCGCGAGGCGAAUUGGGUCGGCGACGAGAUUAAUCGACACGUUAAACUCAACGCCGACGCGGGAGGACCGGAAACCCCGGAGGUCGAAGUGGGAUCGUCGCUGGCAGAGUUUGGAGGGAUGGACAACAACCAAGACGCCGCGACGGAGGAUUAUAUCCUUCGCCGUCGUCGACGAAAGCGAAGAGCGCAACGGAACAAGGAAGCGGAGAACGAGCGUCAAAUCAUCAAAACCACGCCGGCCGCAGAUGAUAACGACGACGCGAUGCAGUCGGCGCGCGAGACGUUGGGGGUGACAGAAGGUGCGACGAAAAGGGAGAUCACGAAAGCUUUUUACAAACAGGCGAAGCUGCAUCACACGGACAAGGUCGGGCCGGCUGGUAAAGAAAAGAUGCAAGAGAUCAACGCCGCGAAGGAUCUUUUACUCACCGCGAGCGAUAAUUCAGACUCUGAUUAG